CAGUGUGCGUUGUAAUUUUUUAAAAGUUUUUGCACUGUAAAGUAUAUUUGACUUUUCAUAGUUUAGUGAACUUUAUUUGGGUCGUUUUCGAUUUAAAAAAAUAUUUUUUUAUUACAUACAUUAAUUAUUAGUAUAACAAGUGCCAUCUGUAAUCAUUAAAUUAAGACUAAAUAACAUCUCAAGUACUCAGUGUUUAACUCUCUACCAGGAUUUAAUGUCCUGGUUUUCUCCCUCCCUGUUUUGUUAUGAUUAAUGUGACAAACAUUUAUGUCAAACACUCAUCAAACAUUAGUAUCACAAAAGCUUAAACCGAACAAUGUAAACCAGAGCCAGUCUCACAGAGUAACUGACACCUGAAGACGGAAAACAUAAAGAAAACAACACUGUGAUCUUUGCUGUUCUGAUCAUCAUGAGAAUAAGUUGUGUGAAGAGUUUGUUUCCAGUCUUGUCUGUUGCUGUGGUGUUUCUCUAUAUGAGUUUGAUGAGGGGGGAAAUCCAAACUCAAGAGAAGCAGUUCCACCAAGUCCAGCAGAACUUCUCUUUACACAGCGCACUUCUUCUUAACAAGCUGGACAAACUGGAGGCUCAUUUAAUAGCCGUGGAAGAAAAAAACCUUAAAUUGAGAAAUGAGAAGAAACCAGAGAAGAAAUCACCAAAGAAGCUGUUCCCAAACUCGUACCUUUUCAAGCAAUGGACUGUUGAACUUUCUGAGGAUGACCAGAGGAAGGCUGAGGAUCUCUUUCAGAAAUACGGCUAUAAUGCCUUCCUCAGUGACCAGUUGCCUCUGGACCGGGAGCUGCAGGACACUCGAGACCACAGAUGCAUUGGCCGAGAAUACCCCCACAAUCUGCCCACCCUCAGCGUGGUGCUGAUUUAUCUGGAUGAGGCUCUGUCUGUCAUUCAAAGAGCCAUUUGCAGCAUCAUCAACAGAACUCCAGCCCACCUGCUCAAAGAGAUCAUACUAGUGGACGACCACAGCACAAAUGAUCUGAAAACACAGCUACAUGUUUAUAUGAGCUCCAUUAAUGAGAAGCACCCAGGCCUGGUAAAGAUGGUGAUCCAUUCACAGCAGAGAGGACUUUCCCAGGCCAGAAUCUCAGGGUGGAAGGCUGCCACUGGGGAUGUGCUUGCCAUUUUGGAUGCCCACAUUGAAGUCCAGGUCAAAUGGGCGGAGCCUCUGCUUGCACGUAUCCAGGCUGACCGUACGCUGGUCCUGAGCCCUGUGUUUGAUAGAGUCAAUUACUAUGACUUGCAAGUGACAAAGUAUUCAGCCUCUGCUCAUGGUUUUGACUGGGCUCUCUGGUGCACGUACGUGGGAUUCCCACAGAAGUGGUACGAUCAAAAAGAUCCUUCACAGCCAGGAAAGAGCCCCUCUGUGAUGGGAAUUCUUGUGGUUGAUCGUCUGUUCUUCGGUGAGAUUGGGACUCUGGAUGGAGGGAUGGAGGUGUACGGAGGAGAGAAUGUUGAAUUAGGAAUACGGGUGUGGCUGUGUGGAGGAAGUAUAGAGAUUGUGCCCUGCUCUAAAAUUGCUCACAUCGAAAGGGCACACAAACCCUACAUGCCUGAUCUUAGCAAUGUAAUGAAGAGAAAUGCCCUCAGAGUCGCAGAAGUUUGGACAAAUUACAGAUUUUAA